GGCGGCGGUGGCGGAGCGGCUCGGCUCGGCUCGGAGCGCGGCGCGGCGCGGCGAGGGAGGCCCAUCCGGGCGGGUCUGGUCGGAGCCGGCGCUGCCCCUGCCUGCCUGCCUGCCUGCCUGCCCAGCGGCGCGGCGCUGCCAGGCGGCGGGGGGAGGCGGCGGGCACCAUGUCCUCCCCCAGCCCGGGCAAGCGGCGCAUGGACACCGACGUGGUCAAGCUUAUUGAGAGCAAACAUGAAGUCACAAUCCUAGGAGGACUCAAUGAAUUUGUAGUGAAGUUUUAUGGACCACAAGGAACACCAUAUGAAGGUGGAGUGUGGAAAGUUAGAGUGGACCUUCCUGAUAAAUACCCAUUCAAAUCCCCAUCUAUAGGAUUCAUGAAUAAAAUUUUCCAUCCCAACAUUGACGAAGCGUCAGGAACUGUAUGUCUAGAUGUAAUUAAUCAAACUUGGACAGCUCUCUAUGAUCUCACCAAUAUAUUUGAAUCGUUCCUGCCCCAGUUGCUGGCCUAUCCUAACCCUAUAGAUCCUCUAAAUGGUGACGCCGCAGCCAUGUAUCUUCACCGACCAGAAGAGUACAAACAGAAAAUUAAAGAAUACAUUCAGAAAUAUGCAACAGAAGAAGCACUAAAAGAACAGGAAGAAGCCACCGGGGACAGCUCGUCAGAGAGCUCCAUGUCUGACUUCUCGGAAGACGAAGCGCAGGAUAUGGAGUUGUAGUAGAAGAAGCGACCUGCUUUUCAGAGAGACUAUUAUUUCCUAACCAUGAGAAGCAGACUAUAAUAUUCAUAUUUAAACAAAGCAAUUUUUUUUAUUACUAAACAAGGUUUUUAUGAAUAAUAGCAUUGAUAUAUAUAUAUCACCCUUUAGAUCUUGAUUUCUUGGUCAUUUCUCAAACCCAAGGUGCAUAGCAUAUUCCCACAUUCCAUUUUGGUAGCAAUAUGCAGCCCGAAUGCAUGCAUUCAUAAUUCCAUUUGGCCAAGUCCACUUGUGUGCUACUGAACUGUCAACUAAAAACAGCUGCUCUGGUAGGUAGGGAGUUAGUAAAGAUUUUUUGUUGUUGUUGUUUUUGUUUUUUGUUUUUUUUCCCCUCCUUUUUAUCAGUGUUUCCAAAGACACCACCUUGGAUGCUGAUGCAGCACAGCGCUUUCUCAAAGUAAGAACCUGGGGGAUAAUGUCAGGAUGUGGAGAUAAGAUGGUGAAAUAAAAGGUGCUCCUUCAGGCAACAUGGCUGAUCAUAUUUUUAUGUGGAGUCAUGUUUAAAAAAGAUGCACGAGCUAAUCAGAGCAUUGAAACCUAAACACUUUUUUUUGACUUGGAUUUUAAGUAUGUUUUUAUAUGUGGACUCCUGCCCUCUGAAGUAUAGGGACUUACAACCGCUGGUCUGUUUGGUUUUUGGGGGGUUUUUUUGGACUUUUGAAAGCCUUCAUCUGGACAUCUAUUCACUCUCUUGGUCUGGAUUAUGAGAUGUUCCCUUUUUGGGGGACCCCCCCACAAUGCUGUGUGAACAGUGCUUUAAUAUGCGUGGAGCACACACCAAGUCAAACCCUUGCUUUGUCAUAGUUUGGAAACAGCUGCCAUUUAAUGGCUUCAAGCUUGCUGGGGUUUCUUUUCGCCGGCUUGAAGUAUGGCUAAAGACCUCACAAAAAAAAAAAAAUCUCCAUCUCCUGAAAGGGUUUUCUGACCAGAUGGAUUAGCCUUGCCGAGAGCUUCAGAUCCAUGAAGAUUGGUCCACGAAUCCAUCGGCGCUCGCGUUCUUGGUUUCCCUUUUUUCCCCCUUCUGCAGCAGCUUGGUAGCCAUCUGCUUGUGCGUGUACAACAGACCAAACUCUCCAGAGCUGAACAAAGGAAAACGAUCUAGGAAAAUUUUUAAUUUAAUUUUUUUUUAAAUUUAAAAAUGACAAUUUUGGGGAAACAUGCAAAUCUCUUUUUUUUUUUUUUUUCCCCUCCCCAAAGACUUUUCUGGAUGAAGAUUUUUUUUCUGAUAUAUUUCAACAUGCUAAAAUUUGUUUUUUGGGGGGUUUUUUUGUUUGUUCAUUUUUAGUUUUAAUGCUAAGAAAACAUGAAUACAGUAACUUGCCUACGUGAGGUGCCAGUAUACUUGAAUUUGGAAAAUGGCGCAUUUGAAAUGCCAACUAAGAUGGAUUUUAAAACCGGGAUGUGACCUGCUGUAUUUGCGUAGGGUUUUCUGAGGGGGUUUGGACAACCGGUUACUUUAACUUUUGGUACAACCUGCAGGACUGCAUGGAAUUCAACCCAUCCUGAGAGACCAUCGAGCUGAAUUUGCAUGUCAGACUGGACUCAGUAAAAAAACAAAAAAAAAAAAGAAGAAAAAAAAAAAGAAGAAAAAAAAAUCGUUUUCCAUUUCAUCACAAGUGUUUUUGCCCUUUUAGAAAUGCCCCUGAGUUGCGUCAAUGAGGUUGGAAGAUACAAUCCUAUUUUUUUUUUUUAAUUCAUAAAGCACAAUCAAUUUUUUUUUGGAAAACUAUAAAGUACAACUUUGCUUUAGCAUGAUUAUUUUCCUUAAUAAAAAAAAAAAAUAACCUACAAAGAUUUUACUUAUUUUAUGUUAAUUACGGGCAUGAAGCAAAAGGGGUUGUUUUUUAUUUCCCUCUGCUUUUUUUUUUCUUUAAAUAAAAAAAAGCAGUGAUGUAGGGCUGUGGUUAGUUACUGUGCUGAAGUUCUCUAUCUAGCAUUUGUGGCUUGUUGGAAGGGGGUAGUAUUAAACUAUUUAACAUGUAAUGGUGUACUUUAACUCUUAUCUAGCACGCUGUUUUCUCAUUUCUUUGGGGAGGGAGGGGCAGAGUUGUUUUUUUUUUUGCUGGCACUGUUUAACUUGCUUACCUGCUGGACGAGCAGUUUGCUUGAGCUAUAACUUUAACUGUAGGUGCUAUUUAGGGGUAGACAAAAGUGCUGGGUGGUGAUAUCAGUUUUAAAAAACAACAAAAACAAAAAAAACAACAAAACAAUAAAAAUUUGUAUUUUUUCAAUAUUGUAUAAACAUAGUGUUCUAAUUCCCUCCAUUUUUUUUCCAGGUAACUAUGUCCCUCCCUCUCCCCAACCCCCGGCUCUAUUGGCUAGCUGGGUUUUUCACAUAGAGCACUUGCGCGCACUCCCUCCUUUCAAGAAGCCCGUUUUUCCACUAGAAGCAGGUGUCCAGUCCUAAGCAUCCAAAGGAAUUGCAGUGAGAGCUGCCGCUGUCUAAGGCAGGCUCCCGGGAGAGCAGGCACACGCCUUACCGCCCUGGUCUCCCUGUUGGAAGGUGCACGGCGGUUCUCUUGUCCAAGCCGCUCCGAUUCCCCUGUACCUCCUUUUAUACACGCAGACACUUGUGGGUCUAGAUCUGGAACUGUGUUCUUCAACUGCAACGCUUUUCCUCGGACGUUUAAUUGAGGAGAACGGUGGAGUUUGUAGCCUUGCCUGCCAGAUGUUGAAGGUUCACCUCUUUCGUGCUGGAUCCCUUCCCCCUUGCGGUGACGGCAGUAGGGAAGGAAGCCUGCAGUAAGCUAUCGUUUGCAAGGAUCCAGCCUCGCGCGAAAUGCUGAUUUAAAGGAUAAACUCAAAUGGAUUUGACUUAUUUUUUCCCCAGAUGGGAACAGCUGCUUGUAGCCUCAUUCCACCCGUCUCCUGUGAGCACCGUUCUUUUGACCUCCUUCCCCUUCUUCAAGCCAGAACAGCCUGUAAAUACAACUACUCCCACCUAGUCUUCAAGGGAAACAUGGAACUGCUUUGAAACCAGAUGCCCUUCUUUUUUUUCUUUUUUUCUUUUUUUUUUCCUUUUUAAGUUUGGUUCCUUUAGAAAUGCUAGCAGAUGUCUCCAAGCACCACUGCCGAUUUCUGCGCCCCCGCCCCUGUUCUGAUCACUCGACUUCAAAGCGUCAGCUGGACGGGACUCGCCAGGCCUGCUCCAGCAUAACCGCGUUCGAUACGUAUCCUCGUAGUCCGGAUGAACCUCCAAGUAUGGAGGUUUCUGAGUCACCUGCUGCAACCAUUUGGGGAUCUGGCUCCUUUGGCCUUAGAUCCAGUAGCUUACCACCUUGGUGUAUCUUCUCUUCUGUACAAAAUAUCAAAGCUGCCAUUGAUCAACAGAUCUCACGCUCCCGCCUUGAGAAGGUCCAUACACUUGCCAACAAGGCUCAUCCUUAAACCUUCGUCAGAAAUGGGUUUUAGCUCAUCUGGAGGCUUCUGAGUAUUGUACUUUAUUUUUUCACUAGACCUUCCAUUGUGACAACUCUACACUGUGGGAGGCGGGAAUAUGGGAGGAAGUGAAUCUUUUACGGCGUGAAUCCUGGAUGCAGAUCGGGAGCGUUUCCCCAGCUCUGCUUUGUCUUAUCCGGUAACGCGCGCUCGCGAUCAGGAAAGCGGCGAGUCGCACGCGACUCCUUGUACUUCAGACGUCCCAGUUGGCCAAGUAGGUUGAAGGGAACGGAAGCAACUGUGCAGUUCAUGUGCCACCUCGCACGACCCACCCUCACCCCACACGCAAGGCGGAGAGAACGGAGCUCCCUGCCCGGCCUUUCUCUCCCUCCCUCCUUCCCCGGCAUGGAUGAGAAAUGCUGGAAGCUGUGCUGCACUUGGCUUGCCCUGGCUUCUGCUUUGCAGGUAGAUGCAUCGCAGCAUUUUGAUGUGUCAGUGCUAGCUCUGAUCAGCAAAGACCCCACCACAUUGCCAGAGCUGUUUCACAUCGCGCAGGGGCACUGGGGUUGGGGGGGUUGCUAGUUUCUUAUUUUCCCCCCUUUUAUAUAUCUCUCCAUCUAUUUUUUUUUUUCCUUCCUUUUUGCCCAUCUUGAGUUCUGCUGGCACUUUAGCAGGCGUGCGUGUGGCAUGAGAAAUGGCCAUUAUUUUACUGACUGUAUUUGGUACAUAUUGUGUGAUACUUGAAGAGAUCCAGGGUGUUGAGCCCUCCAUUUGGAGUCUAAGCUUUUUGGGUUCGUUCUUUUUUUUUCUUUUCUUUUUCUUUUUUUCCAGCCCCCUCCUCCCCUUUUUCUUGCAUUGUGAUGAUGUAGUGGGCAUGCCUGUCACCAUGACAAAUGCCUCUUCUAUAACUUUUCUCAAAUAGUUGUGUAUAAUUAAAGAACUGUAAACUUUUUUUAAAUAAAAUAUGUAUAUACCUUG